CUCUUAGCAUCAUCUUCAAAAUCAUCAAAUCAACUUGUAUCAGAAUACCAGAGAAACAAAAGCAAUAUUCAUCUAUCAAAAACAAAACAGAAAAUUAAGAAAGGUACGAUAUAUUUAGAAAUCAUGAGUUCAAACAGGAAAGCGUGGAUAGUAGCAGCCAGUGUUGAAGCAGUGGAAGCUUUAAAAGAUCAAGGUUUCUGUAGAUGGAAUUACCCUUUGAGGUCCUUUGCUCAGCACACAAAGAAUAACAUGAGAUCUUACUCUCAAGCUAAGAAGCUUUCUACUUCUUCUUCCUCACUGAUUGCAAGGAGCGACAAGGCAAAACAAUCUGAAGAAUCUUUGAGGAAAGUUAUGUACUUGAGCUGUUGGGGUCCCAACUGAUCAUUUUUUCCAAGAAACAUAUAUAUAGUUGUUAUUAGAAAGAGAAGAAUGUAGGGCUAUGAUUGUAGAUAGAAUAUAAUUUUAUGGCAUUCGACCUCAAGAGAAGCGUGUAUUUCGAAAUCUUUGGAGGAAUUAUAAGUAAAACUAUGGAAUGCUGUUGAUAUGUUGAUAAACUGAUGGUUUGA